AUGGAGUACGCUUCUGGAGGGUCUUUAGCUGAUGAGCUUAAAAAUUCUGGUGAACAUCGAUUAUCGGAAUCAGACAUCCGGCGAUACACGAAGUCAUCACCAAGAGGGCUUCACUAUAUUCACAUGAAUGGCAUUGAUGAAGUGGAUUUGGAUGAGGGAGAGAGUCUAGAAGAUGAUGACGUUGCAAACUGUUUAUGGAUGCCCAAAAAAGUUGGAAUAUUCAAUUUAAUGAUGGAUUUGAGAGACGAUAUUGAAGCGUCUACAAAUGAUAACUGGUACCUCAUGAAUCACCUUGCUUAA